CUUCUGUCAUCGCUCGCCAUAAAGGACAAGCCGAUCACCGCCAAAAACCCGCAAGCGAACGCAAUCUGUGAAAGAGUGCAUUUCGAGAUCAUGAACAUCCUCCGCGUGAGACCUGAUCUGAUGGACCAGUUAAAAGUUGCUUUGGACUACGCAGCCUACGCUAUCAAAGCGAGCUACCACUCGGUCCUCCGCGCGUCGCCAGCUCAGCUACUCUUCGGAGAAGAUAUGAUCACGCGUCAACUCCAUUUCGCUAACUGGAGUUUCCUGUCCAAGCAGCGCUUCCUGUCUAUCCUGCAAGACAACGAACGAGAAAAUAUGAAGCGGCUGCAGCACUUCUACAAGGUAGGCGACCAAGUCAUGCUGAGGAUUCCGGCUCGCGAGCGAAAAAAGACGGAUCCAGUCUCAAAAGGCCCGUACAUCAUCAAGGAAGUCUACGACAACGGCACGGUGCGCCUCGACACUGGCAGCACCGAGUAUCGUGCCAACAUUCGCCGCAUCUUCCCGUGC